UAAGGUUAAAGUUUCCAAAAACAUUUUAUUUGCAAAUAAAUACAAAAAAAUAAAUAAACAUAGACGAUUAUGCUCAAAGUCAUAAUUUUCAACUUAAAAAUAUUUUACUUUUUUCAUGAACUUUAUUAGGUUUUAAAAUUCAGUGUGUAGCUAGGCAGGUGAUGCUCUUCGACGGCAAUUCAGGGUACAAUGUAUUGCUCAAGGGCACUUCAGCCACUAAAAGUAAUGUGGAAAACUCUUCAACUUUGAGCUAUUUCCCUAGAAUUUUUUUUUUGGCUACAAAUUGCAUCUUGGUCUUCAAGGGCGAUCAGAAUUCCCAUCACAAAUCUAAGAUAUUCCAGAAGUCAUGAUGAACUCACGUUGCAAUGAUUGCACACCACAAGGAUCUUAUUUUGAAAUGCAAGCUAAACAACCCUGCUACUUUUUUUUAAUGUUCUCACGAAUCCUAUUUUCUUUUUACAUUUUUUCUGUCGUGCAAGUUUUUCAAGUUUGACCAAUCAGUUGCUUCAAUAAAAGUAGAUUUGAAAAGUAGAUGUUGAUUCAGACCGACACGGACCAAUCACUGCUUACUAGCGACUUCUGGUUCCAACAUGGCGUCACGCAUAUCUCGAAUAAUGAUGACUGAAUUGACUUAAUUGUGGUUGGAGCCAUUUUCUAUGGGUGAUACCACACUCACAUGGUCCAGUACUCAUAUACAGUCAAUAGUGGGGAUAAUUUAUUUUGGACCAAAUCAACGAAUCCUCCAUCCAAGCAUUUUCUAAACUAUAAAAUCCUGUUUAGGGUUGCUGGAACAUAUCUUGACUACUGCUAGGUAAAGAGGGGACUUUAUCCAAUUAUCCAAUUAAGGAUGUUUUACUGUGGGAGAACACCCAAACAUACAAACACUGCACAGAAAGAACCCAGCUGGGACUUCUAGAAAUAAGCUAAAAUGGUCAAGUUUAACAAAAAAGGUCAAUUUUUUUUGUUUUAAACAGACUGCACUAGUUAAUUUAUGGGUUUCUUUCAAUUUAAGAGCUUGUAUCUUUAGUGCAUCAAUUUAUGUCUCUAAUAUUUAAAAGAAGAAAAUAAAAAUAUUCUCAAAAUUGUUCUUUUUUUUGGAGAUGGGAAUAAAAGAAUCACACGUGAUAAAAAAAAAAGCACAAAAAAAAAAAAUCCAGAUUUAUUACCAACUAAAAAUCAACGUAUUUCAAAGGUUUCUUUUGUGACGAUCCAUCAAAACGAGCAGAUGGAUGUUUUGUGUAGCUCAUUGUGCAUUUUACCAGAGUCAAUAAAGCUUGACAUUCAACACCCUUCUGCCAACACCCAGGUCCGGCCCAUCAGGCUUAAGAAGGAAACACAGUAAGAGCAUGUGAGAAUGUUUAUCAUCUCCGGUUUCAACACUUGCUCUGCAUCCUGGAUUUGUUUCCGUCCGCACUGCAGAGUUGUUCUGGAUGGAGACAGUGUAGAUGGGAGACUUCUGAAGAAUGAACAACCAGGAGCUAACAGAAAUCCCGGGAUCGGCUUUGUCUAAUCAGAGGAAGAUCCUCCACUUCUCUAGCGGUGAAACUCUGGAGGUAGAGGACAGCACAGAUGAGGAGCUAUCAGAGCCAGUCCCCUUUGAGGAACCAGCAGGGAGGACUAGAUUAUCGUUCAAGAAUGUGGCCCUUCUAGUAGGGAGGAUUUCACUGCUAGCUUGUGAUUUUCUUGGAGAGAAGUUUGCUGGAGUUUUUGGACUGAACGCUGCCAAAUAUCAGUACGCCAUUGAUCGGUAUCAUCGAGAACACAAGAUAGAUGAGCAGAGACAAGCCGAGACGCUGAACCGCUCUCCUGGAGUGGGCGGAAGCUCUUAUGGAGCCACGGCAGAUGUAAACCAUUCCUCUGGUCCUACAGGAAAGUACAGCGGAGGGUAUCUCAAUCAAGGAUAUCAAGGAAACAAAGACAAAUCCAAAUAGAAAAAAAGUGGAAAUCUAGAAAAGAGGACAAAUGUUUGUGAUAGAUUGUUUUUAAACAAAUGAUGUAUUGAAUAUUAACAGCUACUGAUGUUCUGUUUCAUGUAAAUUUUCUU